AUGGCUUCACGUAUAACGAUAUCAAUCCCUGAUUUGGAAACACUAAGGCCAAGUGACCUGGAAGGAGUGAGAAAUCUCCCGUCAACACCCAGCACUCGACGCUCCCAGAGUCGCUCGGCAAGUCAAACGCCAAUAUAUCGCUCUCCAACCCAUACUCCAUCUCCCCGCCAAGUAAGCGAGGAAUCCCGCCGUAGGGUUGAGAAGUGGUACAAUGAUCUCAUACAAAUGGGCGGCAGACCGGCCUAUCCCUUCGAGCUCGCAUUCGCUCAUCCAAGAGCUUACAAAGAACACGCAGAUAUCAUAAACAGCUUGGGAUCGGCGCCAAGUGGGUUUCUUCGACAGAAAAAUGCAUGGAUUAUGUUUCGAAAAUCUCAGCGUUGGAACCGCAGAACCGAAGAGAUAUUCGCCCAGUAUCAGCGGGACGUGAUUGAAUACAGACAGAAGGAAAACAUCAAGGGUGAUAUUCAUCUACUGUUCGACGCCGCAAAACAGACCAAGGUGGAUGAGUGGAAGGAGUACCAGUUCUGCGAGCACCGGAAAAUAGGUCAAAUGAGGAUAAAGGCAGAGCAGGGUCGCCAGCGACGAGAGCAAGAGCGGAAGGAAUGGGAGGCAGUCAAUGGAAAAGGGAGAAUUAUAGACCCUAACGAGCCAUCCGACAUAGCGUGGAUACAUCGAACCGCGGCUGAAACGGAGUUAUCCGAGUUUACUUUUUUCCUGGAUUGGAUAGAACAGCAACUACCAAAAAUCGCACAAGAAGAAUUCGACAACGACAAAUCAGGAGGUGUAUUGGGGGCUUCGAAAUCGCCUGAGAUGCCUGAAACAGCUGUGAGUCGAGACACGGCGGUGUCUACGCGCUUACGCAGAAAGAAUAAUUCUAUGUCGAAUAACGGUAUACAGAGUGCUCCACGCUCCAUUCUCAAACCAGUCGAUGCGCGGAGAGUUUCCAAAGCUGGCCGGAAAACGAAAGAACUCGUCCAUGACAAACGCCGGCUUCAGGACAUGCCAUUGUCCGAUACAUCUUCCGUAAUUCUCAGACGCAAUGGCGUGAGGAGAGUCACCGAAGAACAGACGAUGACAACACAGCGGGAUGCGAUGUUUCAGAGCUCUGCAAAUAUGGCAUCUUCAGCUGAACUGGCACCAUUGCGUAGGAGCCUGCGAAUUAAAGACCUAGAAGCCAAGAAAAACAAUCAAUCCCGAAUCAUGCAGAAUGUGGUUCCACAUACGGACCGGACAUCCAAUUCCAAGGGAAAACCCAAGAGGCAGGAGUCAAGGUAUCGGAAUCCACCUCCACAAGCUACCACCACGGGAAUCAGAAAAUCCCGAGUAACUAAAAGGAGCAAUUCUUCCCGUGUUGCGUUGCAAUACGCAAAGGCAAUACUCAGAUUUAUGCUUCUUUCGGUUGACAUUAGCACCAUCCCGCUUCUGGUUAUCGGGCUCAAGUUGGCGGGUAGCAAUGUCCCUGAAGGAGUGCCACCGUGA